AUGGCCGUCGUCGCUGCUAACAUUCCCCAGGGGAAGACAAGUAUACCAACCUAUAGCCAGAUUCCCGAAACGAAAUAUGAGCUUGACUGGGCGGAUCUUGUAACAUUGGAUCUCUCCCAAUUCGACGAGCCGGGUGGAAAGCAGAAGCUUGCGGCACAACUUUUCGAUGCCAUCCAGAAGAUUGGAUUCUUCUACAUCAUCAAUUUCGGCCUAACUCAAGAACAAGUCGACCGACAGUUCGCUAUUGGAAAGGAGGUAUUCCAACUGCCAACCGAGGAGAAGCUGAAAUAUCGGGCGGACCUUGAGAAUGGGGGCUACAAUGGCUAUAAGCCCCUGGGGCUUCGCCAAGUGAAGCCCGGGGUAUAUGAUAACACCGAGAUCUACAACAUUCCCAAGUUCAUCCCCGCUUUUGAAAGACCACAUCCAGAGGUCAUCAACCAGAACCGAGAUGAGAUAGAAGGUUUCGCUCGACACAUCAACGACGGGAUUGUCAACAAGCUUCUCGUCCUAUUUGCCAUCAUCCUAGAGCUGCCGGAGGACUAUUUCCUACAGCGGCACCGGUACGAGGAGAAGAGCGACUGCCACCUGCGAUACAUGAAGUACCACCACCGCACCGAAGAGCAGAAUCGCAUCCUGGAUAAUGUGUGGGUAAAGGGCCACACCGAUUUCGGCAGUUUAACGCUCCUCUUCAGACAGCCCGUCAGCGCGCUGCAAGUCCGGACCCCCGAGGGAGAGUGGAAAUGGGUGAAACCCUACCCGGAGUCGAUCACGGUGAACCUCGCCGACUCGCUCGAGUUCCUGACCAACGGGUUCCUGAAGAGCAGCAUCCACCGCGUGGUGGCUCCGCCUCCGGACCAGGCGGACAUAGACCGCCUAGGCGUCUUGUACUUCGUGAGGCCGGAGGACAGCCUCGAGUUGCGGCCCGUAGUGAGCGACGUGUUGGCGCGGCUGGGAUAUGAUAAGACGACGGAUGGUAGUGCGGUUGGGAUCACGGCGGGAGAGUGGGUGAAGGCGCGUGUGGCGAGGGGAGUCACUAGAGAUAAGCCGAGGAGUGAUGUGUCUGAGCAGGUCAUCAUCGGUGGCAAAGCGGCCAAGUAUUACGAUUAA